AUGCGCCGCGCCGCCGUCGCCGUCACCGCCGCGCUCCUCCUCCUCCUCGUCGCCGGCGCAGCCGCGGGGUCCCCCGGCGCGGAGCCCACCUGCCCGCGGGGGCCCGGCCCGACGUUCCUCGACGCGCUCGGAUCGCGCUGCCCCCGCGCCGCCCGGAUCGUGCCCUCCCGGCCCCUCGAGGUGAGAGGAGAUGCUGUUGAUAAAGAGUUGAACCUUCGCUGUACUGGUGCCUCAUGUUCCAUUCUCUUCUAUGCCGCAUGGUGUCCUUUCUCGAGCAAAUUUCGACCAAUAUUUGAAGCUCUCAGCACCAUGUUCCCUCAGAUACAUCACUUUGUUGUCGAAGAAUCUUCUGCGACGCCUAGCUUGUUUUCAAGAUAUGGUGUCCGUGGCUUCCCAGCCAUUCUUCUGGCAAAUGAGACUACAAUGGUUCGUUACAGGGGUACAAAAGAUCUGAAGUCUCUGGUUCAGUUCUAUCGAGAGACUACAGGCCUCGAUCCAGUUACAUAUAUUGAUGUUGAUCAGCAAGAGAGCGCUGGAAGCUUAGGAUCAGUCAUGCCAGGAGGCCGGUCUCUGCGCAAAAUGGCGGAAGACGAGCCCUUUGUGUUUCUUGGAGCGCUUUUUAUAAUCAUGAAGGUCGCGGCACACUUCGUACCCACUGUCAUCUCUCAACUCAGAGCCUUCUUGAUCGUGCGUGUUCAGAACUUGAACUUAAGAAUUCGUAGGGGAUCAAGCCAACUUAUGGAACGGGCUUUGACUGUGCUUGAUGUUAAGAGGCUUUGGAGCAAGCUUAGACUGAGCAGUAAGACAAGGGACCUAAGUAAAGGGGCGAGUAAUGCUCGAGCUUGGGCUUCGUCAUUUGCGUCCGUCUCACUGGGUGAACCAUCCUCCUUACGGCAUGCCUAG